UUUCGUUAGUGUGCUACAUCUAUUAGUAGUAUCCCCAGCGGCCAUAUGUAAUUUAACCUCAUUCAUUCAUUCUCAUACGCAUUUUGCGGCUUUUAGAGUACAGAAUUAUAGGGUGGAAAGCUGCGUGUUCCUCUCCGCUCCGUCAUUCUUUUGGACGUUUAUCAGUUUAUGCCUUGGUGACUGUCCGUUGCAGGCUGGGUGGUGACAGCACAGUACAAUGAUCGAGCGGCCAGAGACUGCGGUUCCCAGCAUCGCUCAGCGAAACCUGGAGGGCUAUGUGGGCUUCGCCAACCUCCCCAACCAGGUGUAUCGGAAGUCAGUCAAAAGAGGUUUUGAGUUUACGUUAAUGGUUGUAGGUGAAUCUGGUCUUGGGAAAUCAACACUCAUCAACUCUCUGUUCCUGACUGACCUAUACUCGAAGGAAUACCCUGGGCCUUCCCAGCGCAUCAAGAAGACUGUGCAGGUGGAGCAGUCUAAAGUGCUGAUCAAGGAAGGAGGGGUCCAGCUCACACUCACCAUUGUCGAUACACCAGGGUUUGGAGAUGCAGUGGACAACAGCAACUGUUGGCAGCCAGUCAUAAACUACAUUGACAGUAAGUGUGAGGACUUCCUGAAUGCAGAGUCGAGGGUAAACCGCAGAUCCAUGCCAGACAACAGAGUCCACUGCUGUCUAUACUUCAUCGCGCCCUCUGGACACGGUCUGAAGCCACUGGACAUCGAGUUCAUGAAGAGACUCCAUGACAAAGUCAAUGUCAUCCCUCUUAUUGCAAAAGCCGACACUCUGACCCCUGAAGAAUGCCAGCUUUUUAAAAAACAGAUAAUGAAAGAGAUCCAGGAGCACAAAAUCAAAAUUUAUGAAUUCCCAGACACAGAGGAUGACGAAGACAACAAGCUCAUCCGAAAGAUAAAGGAGAAGAUGCCCCUGGCAGUAGUCGGCAGCAACGUGGUGAUUGAGGUGAACGGCAAGAAGGUCAGAGGUCGCCAGUACCCAUGGGGCGUGGCAGAAGUGGAGAAUGGGGAACACUGCGACUUCACUGUGCUCCGCAACAUGCUGAUCAGGACUCAUAUGCAGGAUCUAAAGGAUGUCACCAACAAUGUCCACUACGAGAAUUACCGCAGCAAGAAACUCGCUGCCGUCACCUGUAACGGAGUAGACACUUCCAAGACCAAGGGACAGCUCACCAAGAGUCCCUUGGCACAGAUGGAGGAGGAGCGGAGGGAGCAUGUGAUGAAAAUGAAGAAGAUGGAGGCAGAAAUGGAACAAGUCUUUGAAAUGAAGGUUAAGGAGAAGAAGCAGAAACUGAAGGAUUCAGAGGCUGAGCUGGAGCGGCGCCAUGAACAGAUGAAAAGGAACUUGGAGGCACAGUACAAAGAGCUGGAGGAGAAGAGACGGGUGUUUGAGGAGGAGAAGGCCAACUGGGAGGCUCAGCAGAAAAUCCUUGAGCAGCAAAAACUGGAUGCCUCCAAGACGAUGGAAAAGAACAAGAAGAAAGGAAAAAUCUUUUAAGGGGAGACAGCCUGUUCCUUCAGUUUUACACAAACUAAUUUUUUCUUCAUCCUCUCUGAAGCUCGCAUCUACUGUGGCCCUCAGACACACACACACACACAGAUACAGUAUAACACUCAACGCAUUCCAUAACAUUCCUCUGUGUUAGAUUUAAAUGCAUCACAUGUGACAUGGACGCCAUUUACACACACGUAGGUACACAUGCAAAUGCCCACUACAGCCCACAUGCUUGUCUCUCUGCAGGGUUUUAAUGUGUUUGUUGAGACUUUUUCAUUUUCUUGAGGAAUGCAUCUGUUUGUGAAAGUCUAUUUUCCUACAUUUCCUGACAAAGAGGAAAGGCCCAAGUUCCUCUGAGCUUACAGUACUGAGUAAAUACAUGGCAGGGACCACACAUAGCCAUUUGUACACAUGUAGUAGUUGUCUGUUUUCUAGAUAUUGGUAGAUAUGCAGAUAGACGUACCAUCUCCUUCCUUAAUGUUCCAUUUCUAUUACUCUGUAACACAAGCGUAUACACACUUAAACCCUCAGUCAUAAGGACCUCCAUGAGAGUGUGUUAGGAGAAGGGAGAAUGUAUGUGAGUGAAGGUCCAGCUAUGUAGGAAGAAGUCAGGUAGAAUUAAGGCCCAGUCACACCAAAAAGUGGCACAGCGAAAAUUAAUCCACGUGUCUUGGAGGGCCAGGUAAUGAACUGGUAAUUAGCUGGCGAUCUGCCCGCCAAAGCACUAGCCAGCUGGGAACAUGCUAGCGCUACUCAGUCACGGUAACUUUUUUGAACUUCUUUAUAAUUCUUCCCAGCACUGGGCCCUUUUCCUGGAUUGUACAUCAUUUCUGUCAAUAAAGACUUAGUGAAGGUAAGAAACAACUCUUGAGAAGGAGCUUGAGAAGUGUUAGUAAGGAAACUCGGUAGCUCAGUCAGUGGUGCAAAUACUAGUUGUGAAUAAAACAAUAAGUUUGCUAAGGGAACUUUAACUGAUUGGUCCCAUCAGCUCCUGCCUCAUAGCUGUCUAAAGACCAUUCCGUUUUUGUGGAGCAGUUUAUACUCUGACAAGGGAGAUUAAACGUGAGUUAACAGUUUACAAGCUUCAGUAGCUUCCUCCAUGUUGGACUCUCCAAGUCUCCAUCAAGACAAGUUGCUUUUGGCCAACCAUGCAAAUUCACGCAUGAAGGUACACCAAACUUGAUACAAAAAUGUCCUAAAUCCAAAUUGUCCAGUUUUUCAAUGCUGGUGUGACUGGGCCUUUAGACAGGAUUUACAGUGCAGUGGCAGGUUUGUAUGAGCAGGUGUGUUUUAAUAAAUGGUCAUAGAUACUGUCUGAUCUAAACAUCAUACAGACAGAAGAAAGAAUAAGAACAGCAGCCAGAAUAUUGUCAUUGCAGUGUGUGUUUCCUAUUUGAAUAGAAGAUAUAACGCAAAAGCCCCUUUGGUGUCUACAACUUCACAGGUUACAGUGAUUAAAAAGAUGUUUUAUAUCGUGAUGUAAGUGAUGGCUGUUGACAUAGACUUGAACCCUGAUGUCCAGAUUUUUGUGAUUUUUUUUGCUUUGGGUAAAACAACCAAAGGGACAAUUCAUCAAAAAAGCUCUAAAAAUAUUCCUUUCUUUCUCCCUGGAUUAUCCAGAAAGACAGCUGUUCUGAGAACUUCGCCAGUUCAGCCAUAACUUAACCUCUGAAUUCUUUAGAGUAUUCUACAUAAAUGCUUCUGCAUACAACAAAACAUUACCCCUUUGCUUUCCUGUCAAAGAGAAUAUGUAAAGUCCAGGUCUCAGCCAAUUCAGAGUCAGAAGGCAGCACACCACGACAUGUUCAAACUUUCAAAAAACUUUCAAACAGGAAAGCUGUCCCAGAGCUGUCAUGUUUUAUUUUCAUAUGAUGACGAUGAAGAUGAUAUUAAUAAUAUUAUAUGCACGGUUGAAGAAUGACUCCUUCCCUUGUAGUUUUCUUAAAUAACUCAUAGAUUAAUCUGUUAUUUUAGUUUUACAGACUGCCUUGCCAUUUAAAGCAAAAUGCUAAAGGGAGAAACCUUAUACCUUCACUCACAUUAUAUAUUGGACUGUUUGGAUUUGUUCAUGAUGGAAAUGCAUAUAUUGUGUACAUACUGGAGGCUGCUCUGUGGCCUUUUUCCUUUUGGGUUUUUUUUUUUGUUUGUUUCAGAAUAUUUUCUGCCAGGAAUAACAACAGAACUUGUGCUCAAAAAAGAAUUCAUUAUGUAAAACUGUUACGAGUCCAUGAAUACAUUCCCAUACAUUUAUACACACAUACUGUAUACUGUAUACAUCUAUGCCAAUGAGUACACCUUCUCAGGACUACUCCGUUAUACUAGAUUUUCUCUUUAAGUCCAGAGAAAAGCAAUUCUGUUGUCCUAAAAGUUAAAUUAAAAGGUUUUUUUUUUUUUCUUUCAAAUGCUUGUGAGCGACUCGCCCUUCCAGUAACACCAAGUUAAGAGGGAUUUAAGUUUAGGUGGAAUUUUUUGUAAUAUUUUCUUUUUUUUAUAUAUGUACACUGUUUUCUGCUUCUCUUCUUUGUUUUAUUAAGUGUUCUGUCUCUAACUGUACAUGGUUAAUAUUAAAGUUGACAAGGUUAUACUUAAA